GAUGUACAAUGGGUCGAUCGUUCAAUGCUUCGUGAGUUGAGGUGAAAAUAGAAGAAACGAUGGCCCGAUUAAGUUACAUCGUGAUCAUCGGUGUCGCACUGGCGUGCGCUCUCGCCGAAGAACUCUACUCCGAUCGGUACGAUGACGUUGACGUCUCGAGUAUCCUUCAGAACGAUAAAAAGCGAGCAGAGUACUACGGUUGUUUGAUGGACACGUCGCCAUGCAUAACGGGGGAUGCAAAGUUCUUAAAAGAGGUGUAUGGCGAAGCUGUCCUAACCAACUGUAAGAAAUGUACCGAGAAACAAAAGAAUAUACUAAAUGCUAUAUCGGAUUGGUAUACAACCAAUAGACCUGAUGAAUGGAAUGCUGUCGUCGCAAAAAUUACCGAAGAAGCCAAGAAAAAGAACGCUGGUACAUAACUUGACAACUGUCGAAAUAAGAAAAGAAAGGAAGAAACCCACAAUAUUACUCAUCUAUGAAAUUACUAUAUUACUCAUACUAUGCAAUUAUACUACACAAUUACUGUAUUACUCAUCUACACGAUUAUUAAAAUAAUCAAUGCUUGUAUUGUAGCUGUGGUGAAGUGAAACAGAGAAAUAAACAUUUGACUUCAGUCUUGUUACGUAAAAACUAUAACCGUUAACUUUACCAGCAUGGCACAAGUAUGCCACUUAUCUGUGACUUAUAUACAAUAUAUAUAUGUAUUUAUCUGAUAAAAAAAAGAAUUAUACGGUGAUGUUCUAAUAUAAAAUUCUAUCAAAAGCAAAAAAAACAGGUAAAAUGUAAUUUUAUAACAUUACACUCUCGAUCAAAUUGUAACAUAUUGCAAAUUUAAUAGGGGAAUUGUGAAAAACGUCGUAAUUAUGUUGCUUCAUUAAAAAAUGCAAUAAAUGUAUGAAGAAAA